AUGGGUGCCGCGGGUGCCAUGGGGGUGAGGGUCGCGCGCGUGGCCCUGUGCGGCGUCGCGCUGCUCUGCGCGCUGGGCCUGGCCCAGCACCCCCCCGGGGGUCUGAGCUGCGGCCCCGGCCGCCAUCUGCAUGGGACGGGGACCAGCGCGCGCUGCUGCCGCUCGUGCACCCCAGCUGAGGGCGUCUGUCCCGAGCCGGACUGCCAGUGUGUCCAGCCUGAGUUCCACUGUGGAGACCCCCAGUGUAAGAGCUGCAAGUACUACUCCUGUCCGCCUGGCCAGGGGGCGUGGCCUGUAGGGAAGUUCAACUUCGGCUUCGAGUGCUUCGACUGUGCCGCGGGGACCUUCUCUGGGGGCCGUGAGGGCCGCUGCAAACCUUGGGCAGACUGCUCCAAGCUUGGGUUUCCCACUGUGUUCCCCGGGAACAAGACGCACGAUGCCGUGUGCAGCCCAGGGCUGCCGCCCACGGAGCCGCGUGGCCUGCUGACCGCCGUCCUCGGCCUGGCCGCCUGCAUCCUGGCCCUGACCGUGGCCCAACUCAGCCUGCACGUCUGGCAACUGAGGAGGCAGAGAGCACGGCCCCCAGAGACGCAGCUGCUCCUAGAGGCCCCGCCACCCCCGCCCGAGGACGCCUGCAGCUGCCAGCUCCCCGAGGAGGAGUGGGGCGAGCCACUGUCGGAGAACAAGGGCCGCCUGGAGGACCUGUGGGUUUGAGGCCCGGAGCGCCCGUGCCAGACCCUCCCGGAGCCGGCGCAGGCUGGCCCGCAGGAGCAAGGGCUCUGCGCCCUGCCGUGGGGCCCCGGCUCUGGGCCCGGCCCUGCUCCCCUCAAUGGCGGAAACA